CAUCCCCAGCGGAACCGCAUGCCCCAAAAACGAGCAGAAGGCUUUGCCUCCUCCCUCCCUCACUCUCUUCUCUCUUCUCCCCUGUUCCUCGCGAGGAGAAGCAGCAGCGCGUCACCUCUCUCCAAUGCCGGCCUCCUUCUUCCUCCGUGCAACCUGUGCGCUUCUCGGACGCUGCUGACUGCUGAGGCUUCCUUCCUGUGACAAGCCAAGCCUGCGCUCGCGAUGGACGGGUUUUCGAGGGACUUCCUGCGCGGCAUCGGCAAGGGAGACGCGCCGCCACCGGAGCAGAGGCCGGGGCAGCCGAGGGAGGCGAUGGAGGAGGACGUAGAGCUCAGCCUUGAGCUAUCUCUGGGCGGCCUGUUCGGGCCUGCUAGGAAGAGGGACAAGGACAAGCUCCCCCGGCCGUCCUCUGCGGCGGCCAUGAUGACGCCGGUUGAUGUGCCGGCGCCGCCCGCCCACCCGCGGGCGAGCGGGAGCCCUUCCUCUGCCUCUCCGGAAGGUGAUGGGCAGAGAUUCCUAGGCAGUGGCACCCUCAUGAGGACUAGUUCACUCCCUGCUGUCACUGAGGCUGCUGGAAAUGAAGAGUGGAAGAAACGUAAGGAAGCACAGAGUCUGAGGAGACUCGAGGUUAAGAAGAAAAGGAUUGAGAGGAGGAACUCUCUCACUUGCAGCACUUCAAAAGAAGUGACCAGGCAGAUUCCAGAAAAGAUGAAUGCACACACUGACAAAUUAGCAAGUUGUGAUGAAGCUGUUGUGGGCAAUAACGAAAAUCAUAGCAGUGGCAAGCAUCUGGCGAAGGGGAAGGCCCCAAAGCACCAGGCUGCAAUUACAUCACAAGCUAGUUUGUCAGCAAUGAGAAAGAAGCCAAACUCAGCCUUCAAAGGAAAAGCCGUCACUAAGGAGAACAAGUCGUCAUCAUCUGUACCCUCUGGUGAAGCUACAAGUAGCGUGACGGCUGCAAGUCCACCACCGCCUUCGUCGUUGGCUCCCAGAAGAGCAGCAGCCCUUGGUUCCAGGGGAGACGGCAGGGCUGCUGUGCCGCAAGUGCAAAUACCAUGGGGGAACGUGGAAAGGAGGUUGAUGCAGGAGAUGCCGGGCGUGCUCACCAAGGGGCUGCCCAACAAGGUUGAUGGCUUCCUGUAUAAAUACAGGGAAGGAGAUGACAUGAGAAUCGUAUGCCUCUGCCAUGGAAGCUUCCUUACUCCAUCGGAGUUUGUGCAGCACGCCGGAGCCGUCAACGGCGAGGCAGCUAACCCGCUGCAAUACAUUUUCAUCAACCCUACCCCGAACCUGUGAACCCUUCUUCGCCAGCAGACUCGUGCAGCAAGUGUUCUGUAGAGUCAGUCUUCAGUUCAGUCUAGAUUGUGUUUCUGGUGGUGCAGUGCUUACUUAUGCCCGAUUGAAUUGGUGGGCAUUAUGGUAUCGUAACCUGUUGAUAAUGCUGUCAUUAUUUCUAAGUGUGAUAUAGUCCUGCAACUUUUUUU